AUGCACCGCUCGACGGCGACGAGUCGACGAUCACGCGUCGGUGAGGGGAACGAAUCGACGUUUGGUGAUCGACCGAAGACGGCGCUCGACGCCGACGCGAACGAGGAUUGGUUCGAGAACGUCGCGUUAAAGACGCCGGGAAAUGAUUCACGAAAGAAUAUCGCGAGAUACGAUCCGGACAGCGCGUACGGGGAGCGUCCACGGGGACGAUUGAAUGAUGUGUCCAACGCGUGGGCCAACGCGGGGCGCGCGGCGCGGGCGGAUGCCCUCGGGUCGCCGAGUAAACAGAGACGAACGACGAGUCCGGAGCAGGUGUUGGAACGCGUGGACGAUGCGAUUGAUGUGGCGAUCGAGGCGGUGAUGCAGGGGACGAUCGGGACGGCGAACGCGGUGACGCAGGCGCUGAGUCGAGGCGCGAGCAGUUUCUUGGGCGGGAAUUGGAUGGAGGGGUUGACGGAUGCGGGCGUCGCGAAGCGCGCGAGCGAGGAUCGUUCGCGAGCGACGCCCGGGCGGUGCGAGACGCCGGGAGGGAAGGAAAAUUUGGCCCCGAGAGCGAUGUCUUUCGUGCCGACGCCGUCAAAGCGCGAGGAUGAGACGACGGCGCUUCGUCAAGAGCUCGCGAACGCGAACGCAAAGCUGAGGGAGAGCAACAAGGAGAAAGAGGAGCUCAGGCGACAAAACAUGGCGCUUCAGCGACGACACGCUUCGAAAGAGGCCAAGGGCGCGGUCGAUCCCGAGACCACGGCUUUGGUCGAGCAGCUUCGAGCACAAGUGCAGGCGUUGAUGAGUGAAAAGGCGUCCCUCUCGAUCGAGAACCAGAGACUCGUGAGAGAAAACGGAGAGCUUCGCGAGUUCGCUGGAGGAUUCGCGGGCGACAGUGACGAUGAAUGCGAUGUAUGCGAAGAAGAUUUGAGUGCGAUUGGUAACUUGACGCCGCAAGCAAUCGAGGAGCUCGAGCGAGAGAUUGCGCAGAUGGAGGCUUCGAUGUCAACCACGCUCGAUUACUCUGCGCACGACUCGAGCGUGUCGGACACGAGCACGGACGAGUAUGCGGCGUGA